ACAACAAGGAGAACAAUGAGUAUGAUGAUGCGCCUCGUUACCGCCUUUGUACAUUACCGCUUUGCACAUAACCGCACUUUUUCCAAUACUAUUGUUCUCCUUGAAUUGUUUCUCGCUUCCUGGAAUGGAACACGCAUGGAAACAGUUUCGCAGCAACUACAUAAGGCUGCGUACCUUGAGAGAGACUUACUCAUUGACUUUGGGGACCCGUCUCUACCUCUCUCAUUGAUUUUGGACUCUGGAAGCCCGCUUACGCUCAUUUUAAUAUACCUCAGCUGGUCUUCACAUCUUCACGCAUACCCAGCAUCUUGCUAUCUCACAGACGAGCUAACUAACCAAAAAUGAUUCACGGUCUCUCCAAGUUCAUUAACCAAUACCUUGCACCUGUUCUCUCUCUUACGAGCCUCUUGCUUAUUACCUUUGCUUUCCUCUCGCCCGUACUCAUGCUUAGCUCGAGGGUUGCUCUGCUCACUGUGAGCCCGUCGUUGAGCCUGACGCAACCUGGAGAGACCAAUGGCAUCGACGGACCAAGUGUAUUCUUGGGUCCUCUUGGCUCCUGCGAAAGGCCGAACAACGACGCCGCUGUUAACUGCACGGCCGCCACUAUUGAUCCUAAGUACAACCUCUCAGUACUUCCAGGGAAUGCACCAGAUCUCCUCUCCGCACCCACGGCAACUACACCGGCAUUCAUCGCAGUCUCCAUCAUAUUCACAUUUAUGUUCUUCCUUCUCUUCACCUUCACGUCUUUCCGCUCCAAGAUGGGCAAGUUCGGCGGAGUCUUUGACAAACCAUUCAUUCAACGAGCCACCGCUUGGAUCGGUUUGCUUGGCUUCAUAAUUGGUCUCACUGCGUUCCUUGUAAUUCGCAUGUGGUUCGGAAAAGCCGUCGAGGAUUUCAACAACACUAUUCUCAAGGGUGGUGAGAGCUCUCCUCAGCUCGUUGCAGCCACUAGCAACGGCUUCGUCAUGCUAUGACGCCGACAGUGGUCUAUGUUGCACAUGCCUUCUACGCUGUCCCAUUAGUGUGCGCUCUUGCCAAGCUACACGUUACGGCUACAGCAAAAGCCUAAGGCAGCUAGGCUCUACAAAUGCGCUUCACGACACCUUGGACAUUGUAUCAUAAACACCUUCUAAUCUGGGUUUCAGCGCUGUAGCUUUCAUACUCAUAGUAGAUCCCUCACUGUAUUCAUUAGCUGCUCAAACGCUGUAUCGUAGCAUUUUCUGUCCAUAUUGAGUAUCUUGUCUCUUUUUGGGAUAUGUACUACCGGAUAAGGCAAUGGCUUUAUGAAAGUAGGAGUCUUCAAUCGGGUCAAUCGCACCACCGAUGAUUCAGAGUACAUUAUACAGUCUAUUGUUGUAGGCUUUACAAUGUCGCUAUCUUAUCCUAGAUGUCCAAGUCCUCAUCUGGAUCGUCGUCGUCGAUAUCAUCCGCGGAGUCAGGCUCAUACAAAAUUGCACCGGGAGCUUGUACAG